CGUGCGCCAUGAUGGUUGCCGAGCUCGCCGCCGCCGGCUCAGGGAGCCCGCUGGCCGCCGGGGCCGGGGCCGGCGACAUGACCGUGCACAGCUACCGGCUGUCGACGGUGGUGCCGGGGUCGGUGACCGGGGAGGCGGUGGACUACGAGCUCGCGGACGCCGACCUGCUGCACAAGCUGCACUACCUCCGCGCGGUGCACGUGUUCCGCGCCCCGGCGCCGGGGGACGCCGCCGCGCUCGCCGUCCGGGAGCUCAAGGAGCCCAUGUUCCCGUGGCUGGACAUGUACUUCCCCGUCAGCGGCCGGCUCCGGCGGCGCGACGGCGAGGCGGCGCCGGGGCGGCCGUACGUGCGGUGCAACGACUGCGGCGUGCGCAUCGUGGAGGCCGCCGUCGACGCCACCGUGGAGGAGUGGCUGGAGCAGGAGGCAGAGCGCGGCGGCCUCUGCAAGCCGCUGGCCUACGACAAGGUCAUCGGGCCGGAGCUCUUCUUCUCGCCGCUGCUCUACGUGCAGAUCACCAGUUUCAAGUGCGGCGGGAUGGCCCUUGGCUUCACGUGGGCGCACCUCAUCGGCGACAUCCCCUCCGCCGCCGCCUGCUUCAGCACGUGGGCGCAGCUUCUCAGCGGCAAGAAGGCCCCGGCACCCACCCUGCGGGACCCACACACCAAGCCGCUGUCGGCCGCACCUGCCGGCGUGACGGCCCCACCGUCGGUCAAGGCCACCGCUGCGCCCGUCGGCGACGACUGGAGGGUCCCCACCGCCUGUGAAAUGGUGCCCUUCUCCUUCCACGUCACCGAGCAGCAGCUGAAGCGCCUCCUGCUCGGCAGCCACCAUCAUCAGGUGAGCACGUUCGAGCUGGUCGCGGCGCUGGUGUGGCGCGCGGUGGCCGCGAUCCGUGGCCCCGAGGAGGAGGAGGAGACGCGCACGGUGACCGUCGUGAAGACCACCGACCCUGCGGCCGCGCCGAGCGGCGGCCGCCGCCUCGGGCUAACCAACGAGCACCGCAUCGGCCACGUCGUCGCGCCGGCAGGCCUGCCGCCGGCGGCGGCCGACGUCGCGGAGCUGGCGGCGCUGCUGGCCGGCGCGAGCCUGGACGGGGCCGGCGCGGUCGCGGCGCUGGCGGGGGCGGACGACGCCGACGCGGUCGUGUACGGCGCCAACCUGACGCUCGUGGACGCCGAGGGCCUGGACGUGUACGGCGGGCUGGAGCUCGGGGCGCGGCGCCCCGCGCACGUGGAGUACGCCGUGGACGGCGCUGGCGACGGCGGCGCUGUCGUCGUGCACCGCGACGCCGGCGGGCGGGGCCGCACCGUCGCGGCCGCCGUGCGCCGGGGCGAGGCGGGCCGCCUCCGCGCCGCGCUCCGCGACGCCCUGCGCGUUGCUUGACGACGGUCGAGCUAAUAGCUUGCCUUUCGUCAGGGUCAAUAAAGAAUCUUGCAAGCACUUCAGCGUGCUCCUUUGUGCUGCUUGUGUUGGUCUGUUCGAUCAGUCCUGCGUUCUAGUGCACUCUUGCGAGCAGUUUAGCGUGUAUUUGAACUUGUAACUCUAAUGUGUGUUAUGAACUUUCAAUAA